AUGGAACGGCCUGGUCUUGUUAGCGCCGGCUCGGGCGAGACCUUGCAGCCUUCGAGCCGCGCGGCCGCACCCGCGUCACUCGCGCUCGGCCUUGGCACGGGUACCGACACAUCAGACGAGCCGUCAUCGGCGCAGAUGCUGACGCCACAGAGCAGCAGCGGCAGCGGAGAAGAAAAAGAUGGAGCACACGGCGAGGCGAUUGAGAUGCAGCAGCUCGACAGCGGGCCGGGCCGCUCCCGCCAGCGACGCUCUUCGUCGUCAUCGUCGUCGUCGUCGGCAUUGUCCGUCUUUUCGGACACCGACGCCACGAGAUCUCCGUCGCCCGUGGCCGCGCGGCGGUGGCCCUACUCGGCCGACGAGGAGCGGGCCGUGGUGCGCAAGUUUGACCGGCGGCUUGUGCUGUUUGUCGCCAUGCUCUACAUGCUCAGCUUCCUCGACCGCUCCAACAUUGGUAACGCCCGGGUGGCCGGCCUGGAGGCCGACCUGCAGACGACGCCGCCCCGCGACGACUGGUACGAGUGGGCCUUGUCUGCGUUUUACGUCACCUACAUCUCGUUUGAGUGGAUGGCCCUGCUGUGGCACUACAUCCCCGCGCAUGCCUACGUGGCCGCGCUCGUGGCCGGCUGGGGACUGGCCGCCUCGCUGCAGGCCGUCGCUGGGUCGUACCCGUGGCUCGUGGCGAUGCGUGUGUUGCUGGGCAUCGGCGAGGCCGGGUUUGCAGGCAUCCCGUUGUACCUGGCCCAAUUUUUCAAGCGGGACGAGCUGGCCGUGCGCACGGCCAUGUUUAUUGCGGCCGCGCCACUGGCGACGACGUUUGCGGCGUCGCUGGCGUGGGCCAUCCUGGCCCUGGGCCGCCAUGCGGCGAGCCCGAUUGCGGCAUGGCGGCUGCUGUUUCUCGUCGAGGGGUUCCCGUCGAUCCUCAUGGCUGUUGUGGCGUGGCGUGUGCUCCCAGACGCACCCGACAAAGCGCACUACCUGACGCGAAGGGAGAAGACGCUGGCCCGGCUGCGCCUGGCGAGGGGAGCGACUGCGUCUCCCUCAACAUCAAACUCCGCCUCCUCCUCCUUCUCCUCCUCGUCGCAUGGCGGCCUUCUUGGCGUGCUGGUGGACCCGGUUACGUGGAUCACGGCCGCCAUGUUCUUCCUCACCAACAUGGCCUACAGCUCGCUGCCCGUGUUCUUGCCCACCAUCCUCACCGAAAUGGGCCACGAUGCCGUGUCGGCCCAGGCACUCGCCGCGCCACCGUACCUCGCCGCCUUCUUGAUUGUCCUCGCCACCGCCCACGUCUCGGACCGCACACGUGCACGCUCGCCGCUGCUCAUCGCCCAUGCUCUCGCGUCGGCCGUGGGGUACGGCGUGCUCUCUCUCGGCGAGUCCAAGACCCUGCGUCGGACGAGUGUGGUCCGGUACCUCGCCGUCUACCCGGCCGCCAUUGGCUUCUUCAAUGUCGUCGUCCUCCUCAUCGCCUGGAACCUCAACAACCAGCGCGGCGCGCGUCGGCAGGGUGGCGCCUUUGCUCUGUUUCAGGUCGUCGGGCAGUGCGGCCCGCUUGUAGGCACGCGGCUGUACCCCAACGCGGACGCACCGCUGUUCUCGCGGGGGAUGCGCACAAUGGCGGCGGCGAUGCUGGGCGUGGCGGUCUUGGCGGUCGUGCUGACCGUGGUGCUGCGGCGGCGAAAUGCGCGGCUGAACGCGGCGGAAUCGAAGCAGCGGGCUACGGACGAAGACCAGCAAGACGGGGAGAGAGACGACGGAGACGAAGACGACGAAGACGAAGAGGGCGGCGGUGGCCAUGACGAAGAAGAAGGGCUCGUGGGCCGAUCCCGGCAGAAAACGCGACGACAGACGAACCUUGGAGAAGACGAGGUUCCGUUCCGAUAUAUGCUGUAG